AUGGAGGCUUUUAAGUUGCUGUCAAGGUCAACAAACCUGAAGCCGGCGCAAACAUUGAGGCGGGAACGGAGAAUUGUGCAUGUGCCGUCUGAAGGACAAACUCAUGCUUCUGUUGAUGAAGAGAAUGAGGUCGCAUCUGCAGCUAGCGUAGCUGGUAGAAAACGGAAGAGAGACAUUUUUCCGGCGGCCCAUGACCCAGACGAGGCGUUUCCUUCAAAUGGUGUCGACAGUCAUAAGUCUUCGUCUAAUGGCGCAGGGAAAGCUAAUGAGACGUCUGGGCAUGGAAUUCUCUCUCAGGGGAGACCAACAGCAGGUGAUCCCACGGCCCCGCAAUUACCAUCAUCAGACGAAUGCCGCUCAAUCUUUAUAUCCCACAAGAUAAAAAUGGCUGCUCUGACAGGAGCCCUGAAUAUCGAUGACUCCAGAAGACCAAGCAGCAGAAGAAGCCCCAGCGUCAAAACGCUCGGCCAGAAACGAAAAAAGAAAGCUUCCAGUCUAUAUACACAUCCAUUGACGUCCUUCGCAUUACUGCCAACGCUUUACAAAGUCUCAAGGACACUACUAAACAAUCUCAGAGAGCAAGGCUACACCACGCCUACUGAAGUGCAGCUCGCCACUAUCCCUGUGUUACUCGACCCGGUCGCAGCAGGACUAUGUCUCCCUCCUGAUUGCCCUCAUAUUGAUCUACUUACCGUGGCACCUACUGGAAGUGGCAAGACCCUAGCCUUUCUCAUUCCUCUUAUCAACCAUCUCAUCCAUGACCAUCAUCGAAAUACAGAACACGAAUCGUCACGUCAUGUUAGAGCACUGAUCGUUGCGCCCACAAAAGAGCUAGUAAACCAAAUCGUGAACGAAGGCAGAAAGUUGUGUACGAACAGUGGUGUAUCUAUCACCGCCAUGCGCAAGGGUAUGCACUUGAGCGCUCGAAGUGCUGAAUGCACUCUUGAGAGCGGCGAUGAAAACGACCAUAUGACGAGGCCUCUCGAUGGUCCUUUGAUUGUAAAAGCUGACAUCCUUGUCACUACGCCAUUGCUGCUUGCAAAUACCCUUUCCCAAGAUAAGACCAAGCUGUCUUCAGUGCAAUAUUUCGUAUUUGACGAGGCAGACGUGCUCUUGGACCCACUCUUUCGCGAUCAAACCCUUUCACUGUGGAAGGCUUGCACUAAUCCAUCUCUCCGAACAAGUUUGUGGUCUGCUACUGUUGGCUCGAACAUUGAGGAGUUGGUGAUUGAUUUGAUCGAUGAAAGACAGGCCCGGCUUGAACUCCAAAGCAGGAGUUCAUUGCUCCGCUGUAUUGUCGGUCUCAAGGAUUCGGCCCUUUCAACAAUUUCUCAUAAGCUCAUAUAUGCCGCCACAGAGCCCGGAAAGCUCCUUGGACUCCGCCAGCUGCUCCAUCCAUCCACAACGUUGACUAGUAAAUAUGCCGCCCCACCACUACGACCACCAUUUCUAGUCUUCACACAAACGAUUGAACGGGCUGUUGCACUUCACGCUGAGCUCCUGUACGACAUACCCACCGAAGCCGGAGGCUCUUCUCGAGUCGCUGUACUGCACAGCGAUCUAUCUGAGUCGAAGCGGUCAGAAAUUAUGGCAAGAUUUCGCAAAGGUCAGAUAUGGGUGCUUGUUACUACAGAUCUCCUGUCCCGGGGAAUCGAUUUCAGAGGGGUGAAUGGAGUGGUCAACUACGAUAUACCCACCAGUAGCGCGGCUUAUGUCCAUCGGGUAGGAAGAACAGGGAGAGCAGGCCGAGAAGGUGGGAUCGCUGUGACAUUGUACACAAAAGAUGAUAUCAAGUACGUUAAAGCAAUAGCAAAUGCGAUUGCUGCGAGUGAGAAAGCCCGUGGCAGGACAAAAGCGACCAGUGGAGAGGACGGCGUCCAGAAAUGGCUGCUCAAUGCUCUGCCAGACAUAAGCAAGAAAGACAGACAGGAAUUGAAGAAGAGGGGUGUGAACGUGCGCCGUCCACUUCGAGAAGGAGAUGAUGACAAAGACGUGAAAGCAAAGCGAACCUCUCGGAUCAGCAGCAAGAGUGGAUACGAAAGGCGCUUGGAGAACAAUCGUAAAGGAGCCAUCGCGGCCAGGCAAGACAGGCUGGAGGAUGAAUCCGAGGGUAGUGAAAGUGAUGCGUGGAGCGGUUUCGAUGGGUGA